CUCAAGCGGCCAAUCAGGAUCGCGCUCGGAAAGAUGGCGGCGCUCGGGGGCCGGGAGCGCUUAGCUGGGGAGGGAGCCAAGAGCGGCGCGAAGAUGGGCUCGGACCUCCUGCUGCAUCCGGAGCUGCUCUCGCAGGAGUUCUUGCUGCUGACUCUGGAGCAGAAGAAUAUCCCAGUUGAAGACGAGGUGAAGAUCAAUAAGGAUGGUCUUACUGAUCUCUAUGUUCAGCAUGUCAUACCAUUGCCUCAGCGUGACUUACCAAAAACUAGAUGGGGGAAACUAAUGGAAAAGAAAAGAGGUCAGCAAGUGUUGAAGCAUGACAUCAAAAGCAUUGCUGCUGUUGAAAGUCUAAGGAAACGGCCACUCAUUGUAUUUGAUGGUAGCUCAACAAGUACAAGUAUAAAAAUAAGGAAGACAGAGAAUGGAGCUGUUGAUGGUCUAAAACUUCUUACAGCUGGAAGCACAAGUACUACUUGUAGGAGACUGUCUGUUCCUUCAAAUUCUUCAACGUGCAUGUCUUCCUCCACAUUUUCACCGGACAUUAAAGUGGAAUCUAGGAUUAUUGAGGCAAAGCAGAACAAUAUUAUAAUCAAUAGCAAUAUGACGUCUAGUCAGAAGUCACCACCGUUGGUGCCUACAACAGGAACUACUGUUGUGAAAUUAAAGAGAGCUGCUCCAAAAGAAGAAUUGGAUGAAUCAAAUGGUCUAAGGCCUACUGAAUCAAAAAAGAAGAUCCAGCAUGUAACAUGGCCAUGAACCCACAAAGUCCUGGAAAUGUAAAUAAUGUUCAGUCUUCAUUUCAGAACAGAUAAGUCGUAUUGAACAGGGUUGCAGAUUGCAGUGGAUUCAUCAUAGCGUUAACAAUUCCCCAGUAUAAAGCAGGCACCAUAUUCUCACCCAUCACCUUAAGAGCAUUUCCUGUAUUGCACUUUUGAGUUACUUCUCCUUUUAGUGGUUGGUUUUGGUGAAACAAGAUUGUCCUGCCAGCCCUCCUUUGGAAUUCUCAAGUAUAUUGUAGUUCAGCCCUUGCAUGACUUGUUAGAGAAAUUCUGUGUGAGUUUAUAACUAUUCAUGUUCAACCCUAUAGCAGUAUUGACUUCUUAAGUAAAUACGAUUGUAUUUAGGUGGUGUGGAAGACUGUGCUUCCCCAUUCUGCUGGACAUCCCAUGGUAAUUAAAUGGAUCUUGCACAAAACAGUUCUGUUGGUGGAGCUAGAAAAAUAUUUCAAUUUCCUGGGUGCCGAUACCAAGUGUUUAGGAGACAACUGGACUUUUCCAGCCUGGCUGUGAGGCUAUUAUUACCUCUUACAGAUGUGAUUAAAAAUAGCUGAACUGUGUAAUGUCUUUGCUUCAAAUUGAAGUUCUUGUUAUAACUGAAGAUAAAUGGAUUUCUGUUGUCUUUGGAGAUACACAGAUGGAAGCACACUAAUAGGCUGUGUACAGAGAGUAUUUGAGAGAAAGGUAAUGCAUGAACUAGUGCUGUUCUUUCAUACAGUACAUGCAUAAGUAUUUUAUACAAAAUACAUGUAUAUUUGUGGAAGACCUUGCCUGCCUGCUUAGAAAAUGCCUGCUAAAAUUCAGGAGAAAAGCUAACAUUUAUUCCACCUGUUUGGGCAGUUUGAAAAGAGGUGGCAAAUUUAUUGCAAAGGGGGAAUAAGGCUUGGCUCUUUUCUGUGAAUAAAUGUGGCAAAUUUCUCUGAAACCUCCCUUGUACCGUGUGAAAGCCGUCUGAGCUGGGUAUAAUGGUUAGGAUCAUGUUCCCAUGUUGAAAAUAGCACUGCAUCCUAUACAGAAAAGAAGUUUCUUUCCUGGAAUGCUCUGAAGAUGCUGGCCACAUCUUGGCGGUGGAACAGUUUAUUAAUUUAAUUUUAAAACUUGUAAAAUUUUAAUACAGUUGGUAUGAAAACAUUGUAAAACCAAACAUGAUUGUAAGGAUCACUCGUUUUACUGAAAAACAGAGGUCACAAUCCAGCCAAUAUUGAACACAUGUAAACUUUAUUGAUUUUAGAAGGACACCUAAGUAUAUACUUACCUUUUUCUCAUUGAUAUUAAUAGGAUUUAAGCUACACUCCUACCUCAGAGUAAGUCCUAUUGAACAUAAUGGGAUUUGUUUCUGAGUAGACAUGUUUAGGAUUGUACUGCUGGUGUAUAACUUCCACUAGAUCAUGCCCAGAGACAUCUUUGAGCACUUCAAAAUAGAAAGAAUGGCGCAGUUGAAGUGUAUUUGUGUUUGCCUCUUCCUAAACACUUGUGCAAGUUUUGUAUUUUAGUACAGCACACUUUAGUUUUGUGUAUUUUUGUAUCUGAAUAGUUGUCUUUUUAUUAGCCUUACCUGAUUUAAAUAAAUUGAAUUCAAAGUGA